UCCUCUGAGGGUUCCUGACCCCGCCCCUGGACAACGACCCCUUCUCAGACUUGCCUGGGCUGGACUCUGCAAACCUGCUUCCACAAUGGGUAAUGAGGAACUGUGGGUGCAGCCAGCCUUGGAGAUGCCGAAAAGACGGGACAUCCUUGCAAUUGUCCUCAUCGUGCUGCCCUGGACACUGCUCAUCACUGUCUGGCACCAGAGCACCCUCGCACCUCUGCUUGCUGUGCACAAGGAUGAGGGCGGUGACCCCAGGCGCGAAGCGCCCCCCGGUGCGGACCCCAGGGAGUACUGCAUGUCGGAUCGCGACAUCGUGGAGGUGGUGCGCACAGAGUACGUAUACACUCGGCCGCCGCCGUGGUCCGACACACUGCCUACCAUCCACGUGGUGACGCCCACCUACAGCCGCCCGGUGCAGAAGGCCGAGCUCACGCGCAUGGCCAACACACUGCUGCACGUUCCUAACUUGCAUUGGCUAGUGGUGGAGGACGCGCCGCGCAGGACGCCGCUGACCGCGCGCCUGCUGCGCGACACGGGCCUCAACUACACUCACCUGCACGUGGAGACGCCCCGCAACUACAAGCUGCGAGGUGAUGCCCGAGACCCGCGCAUCCCGCGGGGCACCAUGCAGCGCAACCUGGCUCUGCGCUGGCUGCGAGAGACCUUCCCGCGUAACUCCACCCAGCCCGGCGUCGUGUACUUCGCUGACGAUGACAACACCUACAGUCUGGAGCUCUUUGAAGAGAUGCGUACCACUAGGAAGGUGUCUGUGUGGCCUGUGGCCUUUGUUGGUGGCCUUCGGUAUGAGGCCCCACGAGUGAAUGGGGCAGGGAAGGUGGUUGGCUGGAAGACGGUGUUCGACCCCCACCGACCAUUUGCAAUAGACAUGGCUGGAUUUGCUGUCAACCUACGGCUCAUCCUGCAGCGAAGCCAGGCUUACUUUAAGUUGCGUGGUGUGAAGGGAGGCUACCAGGAAAGCAGCCUCCUGCGAGAACUUGUCACCCUCAAUGACCUAGAGCCCAAGGCAGCCAACUGCACCAAGAUUCUGGUCUGGCAUACACGGACGGAGAAGCCAGUGUUGGUGAAUGAAGGGAAGAAGGGCUUCACUGACCCCUCGGUGGAGAUCUGAGCCUCAGGAUACAGG